GCUUCAGGCAGUCUGAUUGGUCCAGACGGUCCCAGCGUUUCCAGCACCCUGGCUGAUCUGGACAAGCGCUACAGUUUCUCCUCUUCUCUGAGAAGUUGGCACUGGCUAAACGGUGCCAUCCCCGGGCUAUUGAAGUUGGUGCACGCCCUGAAUUCCCUGCGUUUGGUUUGAGAAAGGUAGGCUGAGACGCUGAACCUGCAGACUGAAGUACUGAGUCCAGUCUUUGUCCCAUCAUUCACCUCCCUCAACAUGCUAACAUAGCCUAGCCUGUGGGAUGGUGCGCUGAUCGAUCGGUCCUAACCACUGCAGUGUGUCAGUCAAUGCGGUUAAGGGUUUAUUUUGACUCUCGGAAAUGUGAUUCUGCAGGUUCUGCUCGAUCCCAUGGUAACCGUUCAGGAUCACGAACGUAGGAAGUCAUAAUAAACAUUAGCUGGUUAGCAUUAGCUACAUCUGUUCUGGAUAGGACCGGGAAGCUAACAGCACCCAUGCUAGUAAAUGGAAGCCUGCUCCAGAGACGCCACAUCUGCUCGUGUUUACCACUAUUAUACGACCUAUUGACUAGUCAUAGUCUUAAAGUAAGAUUAUAUUAUUCAGUUUAUAAAUUUUAAAUAUAUCGAGGAGUUAAUUGUCGGGGAACAAUGGAAGCUCACUCCAAAUGCACAUCUGUAACUCAGUCAGAUUGUGACUGCCAAUGAAUUUAGUAAAUAACUGAGAAACGUAAAUAUAAAGUAGCCGAAAUUAGACACUAAUGAAAGCAUCUGAACACUCUCAAGCAUUUUCAACAUGUGGUUAACUGCAGGGAAUUCUCAUAGUCACAUAAAAACAUUAAACCAUUGGUAAAUACUGUAACUGAAACGUACCCCCCUCUACAUUGUGUCUGAGUUUAUUUUGUACCUAUUUUUAAUAAAUAAAUUUAGAAGUGGUCACAGUAUACAAGUCUUGGUUUAACAAUAAAAAAUUAUUUAAAAAUAGAUACAGUAAAUACAUGAUGUAAUGUUCAGGGUUUUUUUCUCUUGGCGUACACCAUGAAACUCUCAUGGUUAAAAAGCUGUGUUGUGAGUUCUGGUAAUAACACCAAAAAAUAGGUCUGUGCACCCCUUUUUAUUGUAUUUCCUUGUCAUGUUUUGAAGUGAAGUAAGAUGGUGUGGCCCUACUAUUCCAUUCUUUAAAGGGGUAUUCCGGUGUAAAAUUAAGUUAGGGUCAAACACCUUAACACUGUGUUAGACACCCCGUCGAGAGAUAAAUGUUGCCGACUGCUUGCUUCUCUAGUUAUACCAACUUAAGUAUUAAACGCAGAUAGCAAUACACAGGGCCAUGCACUCAACCAAAAAGGCAUUUCUUUAUCAUUUCCUUGAAGUAAUAAUCACCAUAUUAAUCAUUUUGCACUGUAGACGCGGUAGUUUUUCUGCCUUAGUGUUUUGGUCUGAUUGCAUUUCCAGACAUGAUGAUAAAUGUUCUUCCUUGAGCUGUGUCACCCCGCAGCAGUCCGUAAUGGACUGGCCCGAGGUCUUGUAACAAGCAUCUGUCUGCUGGAAGAGAGUAAGUGAGUUGUGUUCUGAGCAUUCUUUGUGGCUAAAGAGUGGCCCGUGGCUCUCUGUAUUGUUAUCUGCGGUUGUUACUAAAGUUGGUAUAACUAGAGAAGCAAGUGGUUGGCAACAUUCAUCUCUCAAUAGGGUGUCUAACUCGGUGUUAUGGUGUCUUUGACCCUAACUUAAUUUUAUACUGGAAUAUCCCUCUAAGUGUGACAAAGAAAGCUUUGAUUUUGUUUUAGAUUUGGUUUACAUAUUUUACAUCCAAGCACACUCUCCUGCUGUGCUUAAUGUUCUUGACCCUCUUCCAAUAACAAGGAUGCUCCUUUAGAGCUUUUAUAAUCAAAAACCGAUGUAGAGGAGGCAAUCUUAUCUGUCGCCUGUCUGUUCUGGAUGGUCAGCCUAAUGGUGAUCCUCAGACCCUUACAGUCCCUGGUGGCCUUGGUCUUCACCAACUAUCUUGGAAGGCGGACCAAAAUGGUCAGAUUUUAAGGGCUAGGGCUGAGGUGGCUCUAACUUCUCCUCCUGUGUGCCCCAUGUACAUCACUUAAACCUUGUAGGAGUUGAAUUCAGGGAGGCAUGGUACUCCCAUGGAGGUUGAGCUCAGUUCAGGGGUAUGAUGUCUAAAAUGCUUAAGGAGGAAGAUUUUCACGAGUUCAUGUUGGCUAAACCUAUGUUUGUUUGUUUUUUACAGGUUCACAAUGUCUGAACUGUUUAUGGAGUGUGUGGAGGAGGAACUGGAGCCGUGGCAGAAACAAGUUCCUGAAGUCCAGCUGAUAGAUGAUGAUGACGAUGAGCCCAUUUUUGUUGGAGUGCUUUGUAUGUCAUUACCUUUUUUUCUUUUUUAAUAUGUUCUUUUUGGCCGUGUUUAUGAGCUCCAAAACCUCUGCAUGAUCAUAGAAUUUGAAUCUAAAUCUUUUUCCUAUAAAAAAUGUGAUUUUAUCUUAGCAACAAUUUUAUUUUCUUUGAGCUCAAAAUCAAAGAUUCAAAAUAUUUCGAAUAUCCUACCUAAAUACGAUUGAAAGGCAAUGACUCAGAAAUACUAAGGCUUUCAAUUGAUAUCUAAUAGUUGUUUUUUGAAGAAACAUUUCACAGCAUUUGCUGGCUUUUCUUGCAGCAUAUCGUAUAUUAUCUUUUUAAAUAGUUGCAUAUUUUAUACCUUUUGUACUUCUCUGCAGCUAAUAACCAAAAGGAUGCCAAGUCUAACCCUCCACCUCAAAGAAACAGUGCAGGGAAACCAGAAACCAAGCGUCCUGCUGCUCAGCCAGCCGUUGGCCCCUCGCCUAUAAUGCUGCCAGUCAAUGUAGCCGGAAACGCUGUCAAUACUGCAGCACCUAACAUAUCAACAGUGACCCCGCAGCCUGUUAUUGUCAACAACCAGGUAUUUUUGAGUAAAUGCCUGUAUUUUCUGAAACUAUGUUAACCAUGAACAAAAACCUCUCAAAUAUUGACUUGUUCCUUGUCUGCAGGGUUUUAUCGUCGCUUCUCCCAAUUUGGCCAACAACAGGGAGCUUCUAGCAUCUCUUGGGAACCAGUACCCUCCAGGGACUUCAUUUACCAUUGUAUCAGGUAAAGCUGUAUCCUGCAUACCCCAGAGGAGUAAAUCUUCUGUGGUGAAGUUGCGCUUUAUCUAUAAUUUAUACCACUAAUGCCGCGUCUGUUGUCUUUCAGCCGCUCAGCCGCAGCUAUUUCAGCAGGUCUCUCCAACCACAGUAAUACCUGGUGCUGUCCACAGGCCUCAGGUGCAACAAAUCAGCAACAACAUAGUUAGACUGGCUAACGUCCGAAGCCCUGCAGUGUACUCAGCACAACCCAGUCCACUGCAACUCAACCUCUCUGGUCCACAAGCUCCUCAGACCUUCACUGUCCCUGUGCAGUCAAAUAACAUAAACAGAGGUGAUUCCAUGCAGCAUUUACAUGAAUUUCUUCAUACUUUUACAUAAUCAGCUGGUAAGAACUAAAAUGCUAUUGUGUUUUCCUCCAGUAGAUCAUAACUUUGCCAAGCAAGGAGCCUCAUCACAGCAGGCAGAAAACACAGCAAAAAGACUCAAGCUUAAUAUUGGUAUGUGUCUGCUGUUAGAGGUGUGUUUUGAUACAUCUAUACCAUCUCAUCACAGAUCCAUCUCAUUUUUGCGUGUUGUUAACCGUCAUAUUUAACUGGCUUUUUGAAGUGCCAGCAAACCCAGCAGUCUCAAUGGAAAAUGGGGAUGUGAGGACGAAGUGCCCUAAUUGUGAUGAGGAAUUUGCUACACUGGAGGCCCUGAGAAGUCACAUGACUGUGAGUACAUUUUAUAUCAUGAAGUUAAAGUGACACAAAUUGAAUGAGAUUUGUUUACAUUUCCCCUUUUGAUUAUUUCCCCUGCAUUCAAGUUUCUUAACCAUGCACAAACAUUUGGAGAUCAGUCUUUUUUAAUUCAACUUGCAUCUUUGAGUAAUCAUUUGAGGUAUGACUUAAUGUCCGUCUUUCUUUGUUUUUUCAGAGCGGUUGUGUAAACAUCCAAAGCAUAGCUCGGGACACGAGUUCAAACAAGCGCAUCAUGCUUGUCUCCGAUUUUUAUUAUGGUCGAUUUGAGGGAGAUGGAAACAAGAAAGAGACCUCGCUUAGGACCAAUAACACGUUCAAGUGCCAGAGCUGCUUGAAGAUUCUGAAGAACAAUAUCAGGUAGGAUGUUGUGCUCUGUAACCUCUAGCAAAAAUCCAUCAGUUUUUCUUUCAGCAAAUACAAACCCCCAAGAAACAAACAAGGCCCUGAUGUCAGAAGAGUAGGGAUGCUGUUUAAAACAUUAUCAAAAACAAAAUUGAAUUGUUUGCAUUGAAGAUGGAAAGAGAUCCAGGACCAGCUGAUGAGCUCUGUACUUCUCAUUGAAUCUUUCCAAACCAGUAUUUUUGUGUUAGGUCCCAAGAGCAGCGUCUGGUGGCUCCUGUUUUCAAAGUCACAUCAACAGAGUUAUCUGGCUCUAGCUCCAGAGUGAGAAUUUGCUGUGUUCUGUGUUUUUUGCACAAAUAUAAAGACUAUAUUUUUUAAUGCUAGACUGUUGGUUUGACUAAAAGACAUAAAACACAAUAAAUUAGUCAGACAUUUCUGUCCUUACAAUGUAAAAAAAAAAUACCACAUGGUAGUUACAGACCUUGUCUACUGCACAGAAGAAUCAGCCCAAGCUUGCUCAGCAAAACUGUGCCUCUCUGCAUUGGUGAGCAUUUGACUGACAGUGUAAUGCAUAGAUGUCAGUUCUGUUGAGGGACUUUGCUGGACAGAAUCUCUCUAAUCUCUCGGGAGGAUUUUGUUUGGCGACAUCCACUCUGCAAGUGGCAGUGAUAAGUCUAAUUGAUGUUGUAAGACUAAGCGGGUGGUCAGACCAGAAGCAGUUCUGUCUUGACCAAGGGGCCCAACUUUUGUUUUUAUGUAGCAUCAAGUCAUAAAAAGACAACAGAAUAUAGAUGUCAGAUGAAUUAUUGUCUUGUUCUUGUGGUACAAACAUUUUUAUAGAGUGUUGUUAUGGCGAAAAGGCUGUGCGAAGUUAGGCUCAAUAUUAGUAAGGUCUGGAGUGUUGAGCCUAUUAGGGCGGACUGAUAAGGACUGAAAAAAGUUAGGUUAAAGAGCUCAUCAAAUCUCACAGAGACUGUCUCUUUUUUUCAAUACCAUAGAAAUCACAUUAAUUACAGCAAUAAGUAACAGUUACUGCUACAGUAAUUAGCUGUGAUUAUUGGUAAUGGACAUGAAAUUCUGCAUUUCUUGCUGCAAUAGAAAAUAGGAGAAAAAAUAAAAUCAAAAUAUUGGAGGUUAAUUUUUCAUGUUACUUUUAACUGAAAUGUGAUUAACCCGCUGUAUGAAGGCUUUUAUCUGAGGCUGAAAUAAUGAAUGAAUUACAGGACGCUUUGAUGGCUUUGUUUUGAAUCUAUUUUGUGUUGUGUCAUCUGCAAAGUAGAACAGAGGAACAAACUGAAGUCACCUCUACAGCAUUAAAAUCUUGAAGGAAAUGAAUGCAGACCAAUUUAUGUUCCCAAUAAAAGUAAGAGGGAGAUGUUGAGGUUCAAACUGAAAUCUAGCAGUUGCAUUAUCAUUACCAAUCAGUAUAACUGUUAACUAAUAGUCAAUACAAUCACAGUGUCUGAAAAAAAUAUAAAAAACUCCCUCAGAUGGCUGCAGAGAAGAACUUGAAGGGCUUUUUUAUAAGACAUCUGUCCAGCACCCCUACAGUGACUAUGGCUGUCCUCUCUGCAGUUUUCCUCUCAGAUGGAUGGCAGUAUCAGACAGUUUUCCUCAUGGGCCUCCAGAUAAAAAAUGGAGGCUGGUUUAUUUGGCGUAAGAAGUGUUCCUUUUGAUUAAAUAACUCUACUUCAGGACAGUGCAAAAAAAAGCCUCUGUAAGCUGCUUUUAAUGGGAAAACACAUUUGUACCACAACCACGCUCUCAUAGUUGAGGUCAUGGUUCAUCCACAUGAAGAUUUCUAUUAGAGGAGCUGAGGCAGCAAAACAAGCAUAUUGAAAAAUGGGCCGUCCCUCACCGGGGCAGCCAUGCCAAGAAGCUGUGGAAGUGCUGCUUAGAGUCUGGGGGUAAUAUAUCAUUAAGCAAAGCCAAAAUCUCUUUGUAAUUGUCGAUAUUAUAACGACAUUAUAGAUGCUUAGAUAGUAGGCACAGGUAGAGGGCUUCAUUAAUCUUUGAGCCCUUGGGACCUGGACCAUUACCACUGAAUAUUUACAGAUAUAGUGUAAUUUCCACAUAGUUAAACAAUUAACUUAAUGGCUAUAUUGCUCAAACCUUUGCUUAAUCGUCUGCAUACGUACAUCAUGAAUUCACUUAGCAGUGAAUUUCAUAGCAGCAUUUUAUAUGUGGUAGUUUCUCUUCCUGAGGUAUCUGCCAUCCUUAUUGACAGUGUUUUGAUAUCCAGUUUUUGUGUGGCUCACAUACUCAUAAAACUGUAAAUAUAAAUCACCUAAAAUGUGAUCAGCGCAACAGCUCUCCUCAGAAAAUCUCUUUUAGUGAAUAACUUCCAUUUGAUAGAAAUUUGUUGAAGAAUCGUGAAGGGAAACUAGUGUGUUGUGAAUUUUAUCUGUAAUUUUAGUUAUUAACUAUACAACUGCAGAUUUUAUUAGAUGACAAAUAUAAUAAGUUUGUGUAAAUAUUUCAUUUUUAUUGUUCUUCUGUACAGACAAACUUAAUCCCCAUAUGUUUUAACAGUUAGUGGAAUAAAAAUAUCAUAUACAAAUCUGACUUCUUACAUGUUGACAAUACACCCACUGAAUGAUCAAUUAUCAAUAUAAAUGUUGAAAACUUCAAAUUCACAUGUGACAUAUAUUAGUAAAUGAUCAUCUUGUUUUCUAGUGAGAAAAAUUAAUAAAGUAACCCAAAAUCAGUCCGACUUGACCCUGCAGACUUGUAUUGAUGCAGUUGUUUUGGCUUUGUUAGUUGUUAUCCUGUUGUUGAGGCAUUUUUUUUAAACCUAAAAAAGACUAAUCCCAUCGUGAAAGACCAAAUCCAGGCUGAGGAUGUUUUCCUUUUUUUUCUUAUUUUUUUUCCCUUUUUUUGGGGACAAAGAUAAUCCUUUAAACGGCCUCAUUUUGUCAGAUAGAGUUUAUACUAUGAAAAGCCACUCUCUGGUGUUAACUAGCAAAUGUCUUGAAAGUGACAUCGCUGUUUUGCGUGUCUGUUUACUUUUCCCUGCAGGUUCAUGAACCAUAUGAAGCACCACCUGGAGCUAGAGAAGCAGAACAGUGAGAGCUGGGAAAGCCACACCACAUGUCAGCACUGCUACCGAAAAUAUGGGACUCCAUUCCAGCUGCAGUGCCACAUUGAGAGCGCCCACAGCCCCAUUGAAUCAUCCAGUAUGACCGUAUUUACUUUACAGCCUAACAUGACUGUCAGACACUGAUUGGCCUUUUAUAACUUUCUUUCCUUUCUUUCUGUAGCCAAUUGUAAGAUAUGUGAGCUCGCAUUUGAGUCCGAGCAGGUCCUCCUGGAACACAUGAAGGACAACCACAAGCCCGGGGAAAUGCCCUACGUGUGCCAGGUCGAUCACUUUGUACUGAGUCACAGUUGGCUUGAAUAUUUCCAAGAGAACAUCAGUUGAUGCUGAUAAUAUCUUUGAUUGUUUCUCCCAGGUCUGCAAUUACAGGUCUUCGUUCUUCUCAGAUGUGGAGGCACAUUUCAGGAGUGCCCAUGAAAACACAAAAGACCUUCUCUGUCCAUUCUGUCUCAAAGUUCUCAAAAGUGGUCAUGUGUACAUGCAGCACUACAUGAAACAUCAGGUACAGCCCUUGUCAAUGUGUCAUUUUUCUGGUCUCUAGAGUUAUAACAGGCCAACAGACAUGCUUAUUUUGAUUAUGUAAAUCUAAAACUGAUAAAAGAUGAACAAUUUGAGCUCACUUUGAUUUGUACUUUAAACUACGAUUCCAUAAAUUGAUUAAUCAGGCUUAUUGACACGCACCUUAGCAGAGUAUCUAGCAUGCAUUUACCCUCAGCUCCUCAAAAAAGCGUCAGACAUCGUAGACUUGACUCUAUUAAAAGUUCCAUUAUUAAAAAUUCAAAAAUUAAAUCAGUGCCUCACUUUAUAUUGGACGCUUUCAAUGAACUUAGGUGAAAAAUCUCAACAAUUAGCCUCUAGUAUCAUCCCUGAUUAAUGAUGAUAUCUUUUAUAUUCUUGUAUUUUUGUGUUUUAGAGGAAAUUGAUACAUCGCUGCGGAAAAUGCCGACUGAAUUUCCUCACCCUCAAGGAAAAAGUUGAGCAUAGGACUCAUGUUCACAAGACUUUCAGGAAACCUAAAGCUUUGGAAGGUCUGCCACCAGGGACAAAGGUCAGACCACUCAUAACAACACUAGAACGACAUUAAUUUCAGACUUUAUUUGACUUUAUUUAUUUUCUUUAUUUGAACUAUUCCUGCGUUGGUGCAAGUUUAAGUCAGCUUUCAUGCCUUCUGUUCUCUUUCCAGGUCACCAUUCGAGCCUCCCUCACUGGGAAGACAACCUUACUGCCCACCUCCCCCGAUCAACCUGGUCUUGUUGCCACUCCACAGAAACAAAGUUUAAAUCAGAAAAUCAAAACUCCCAUCAACAUCCUCAACCUGAAGACAAACAUCACCACAGGAAAGGCCAAGGGGAAUCAGAGGAAGCAAGAUAACCGCAUUAGCAAACACAACCUGAUGCUCAGGGGUCUCAGGUUGUUAACUGCUUUCCUGCACAGUAAUCAGUGACAGUACACUACUUGUUGCAGUCAUUAUUAUAAUCAACCAAGGGGCUGAAUCUUAGUUACCUGAAUCCUAAUCUUAAUUACCACUGACUUAGAUUAUUUAAGUCUGUCUAUUCCCAUAAAGGCUAACUUUGUUCAAAGUCUGUUUACAUUUAUUUACAGCAUCAGAAGCUCAAAAUUAACCUGAUGGCAGCAUCAUUUGAGAAAGAGGAGAAACAAAAGUAAAAAAAAGAAAAAAACAGCAGGUUGUUGAAUUAAAAGGAGAUGAGCUCCUUAGACCUCUGUGGCCUGCUGCUUCGUCUGUCAUGGGUUUAAAUCCCAAGGGACCAUUGGUUAGCCUGGUGCAACCUAAUCUAAUGCAGCCUGGUGGUGUAGUUGAAUUGUUGGCAAUGUAGAAUACAGGUUUUGGCCCAGAAGGAGAAAUGUAGUUCUGAUAUACUAAUUUUAGAGUUAUUUUUGAGAUAUCCAACAUUUGCCCAACAGAGUUUAAUGGCGAAUUAUCAUAGCAUUGGGGGAAAAACAGAUGGUUUAAAAAAUUUACUGUGUUCUAUAAAAUGCCCGGACAUUUGGAAAACAGCUGUUUGUGUUAGUGACAGUGUUGCCUUUGCAGGCAUUUUAGAUUUAGUUUUAGUCUUAGUCAUUUUGACGAAAUGCUUCUUCGUUUUAGUCCCAUUUUAGUCAUUUCUAUCCUUGAUAGUUUUCGUCUAGUUUUAGUCCGAGGAAAACUCAGAAGGUUUUCGUCUAGUUUUAGUCGACGUAAAGGUGCCUUUUGAGGUUCGUGGUGUUCUUUCCCGACAGUUUGAAGCAUGAGGAAGCUGUGGCUCCACAACUGUCGUCUGUCUCGUCUCCCCGUCCCGUGUUUUAUUGUCACUUUUAUUUUAUUGUCACUUGAACUGUAUCUGAAGUAGGACCAAAAAUCAUCCCUCUUUUUUCGGCCACCGGGCACCGCUGCUGUGCCUGCCGCCACGGUGUGUGUGUGUGUGCGCGCCUCGUCCACCUGCCGCUCUGUGUAUGUGAAUGAGUGUGUGCGCGCAGCUGUGCGCGAGCGAGGCUUUUGGUGCGUGUGUGAUGGGGGCGUGACUGUUAGGACAAAAAAAAGCAUGUUUUGAAACUUUGUUUGUCACCUAAUAACAAUUUAGUCUCGUCUCGUUCUCGUCAGACGAAAAUGAAUAUAAUUUUCGUCACAUUUUAGUCUUUACAGAGCUUUGGUAACGUUCGUCUUAGUCUCAUUUUCGUCAAGGAAAAAAGGGGUCUGACGUCGUCAUUUAAGUUUUCGUCCUGCCUGACGAAAACAACACUGGUUAGUGAUAAAUCCUCAUUUAAAACAAUGGAAUUGAUUCUUGGGACUAAAAACAGCACAUCAAAUGUAAUCUAUAAUCUCCUGCAUGUUUAGCAUUAGGUGCCAUGAAUCAUCAGAUUCCCCCCUGAUCACUAAUAUAGACCCCCACCUCCUGGGUAUUUAUGACAAGAGGCGAGCAAAUUGAUAGAGGUUAUUAAAGCCCGGCUAUACACAAAUAAGCUAGUUGUGUUUUUAAUUAAUUUUCCAGACACUGAUCAUUAGGCUGGCUGAAAAUAAUAUGGCUUGACGCAGGAAGAGCGGGAUUUCUUCCCUUUAAAAACUAAUGAGCGGGAUAUUUGGUUAAUUGGUCUCAGUAAUCAAAGUUAAAAUGCAUCAUUAAUCACAUGCUAUGGGCUUUUAAGCAGAUGAAUCAAGAGACAAUGUGGCAUAAAGAAAGUUUUGAGAUUGGUAAAAGUAAAUAAGAAAUAAAAUACCCCAACAACAAUUUUACUUCUCUCAAACUCGAUAAAAAUCUUACUUUACCCACAGACUUGAUGUUUUUAAUCAUCACAUUCAUAAUGCAGUGACUUAUGUCUUUACGCUCUUUUCACAAUUUCAGCCUCAAAGGAAAACGCCACACUUGUGUCGAGUGCAACUCACAAGUUGAGGACUUUUUCACCCACUUUCCGAUAUUUUCAAAUUGCGGUGCAUGCAAAUAUAAAACAAGCUGCAAAGUUGCCAUUGGGAAUCAUAUGAUAAGGUAGGUUAUUUUUGUUUGUUUUUUAAUUGAAGUUGGACAUGUGAAGCUUGUUUACAGGUGGAUUUUUUUUACCAAUGUUAUGUCCAUAUUUUUUGUCUUUGUUAGGUUUCAUAGCAGGAUAACCAAAAACCGGAUUUCAAAGAUGGAUAACAAGAAACAUUCAUCUACAUUAAAGUACGUAUACUUUAUAAGUCAUAUCUGGAUUACACAUUAAGAUCAGCUGUUCUCUCUGUCACUGAACAUGAGACUCAGCACUGAAAUGUCUGUUUUCUUUUAUUUCCUGAUCAGAUCAACUCUGAUCUGCGGCCACUGCGACCUCGUUGUUGAUGGAUCAGCAGGCGACCUGAUGACCAAACAUUUGACUGAAAGACCAACUCACGUUUGCAAAGUCAUCCAGAACAAAGGUAUGUUGCUUUCUUUAAACGACCCUCUAGGUAUGACUAGCACAGAGUGUGACCAGUAUCUUGAGAAAGCUGUCUCUUGUUUUUGACCCAGCAGAUAUGAAAGCCAAGGGUCGAGUGUGAGUAGAAACUGCUACCCACAUCACAUCUCGUCAGCCCUCUUUCUUUAAUCUCUAAAAAAAAAAACACACAUUCUUCUCCCGAUGAUCGAAAAACAGUUUCUAAUUUUCCAGUGUAAAUAAAUUUGCAUGUUUUUUGUUACAGGAAACAAACUUGUUUUUUAAAUCAUGUCCUGUAUUCCCUUUCUUUGGUUUAGUGUCUAAGUAAAUACAGGUUGUUAAAUGUCAUUAUACAUGUUGUGAAAUAUUGAUCUGUUGUUGGCUGCUCAUGGAAAGCACAUUGCUAACAGCUGAGCUUUAUGCAAAGGAUGCUUUUACAAUGAUUUCCCCUUUCUUUCAUGCAGACAACUCGUAAUGGGACAGCCAGUAAAAGUUUUGUACCUCUUGACCUCAGCACAAGCUCAAAAAACAACGGAAAGUAACUCAAAACCAGUUGAAAGUGUUACAUCUGGAAGCGUGUCUCCUGCAAAGUCUGACAAACCGGAUCCAGAGCCGAUGUUGCCAGCUGGCGAUCAGGAGAAGGGCUCCACAGAAGUCAUUACGAUGGAAGGUUCCUUAGAGCAAACACAGCAGCCUUUGCAGCCUGAUGUUUCAUCUUCAGGUGCAUCAGAGGAGGUUCCAGCUUUCUUAGAGGAGUCAGCAGGUAAUUCAGAAGAUCUCAUGGUCAAAAAUCAGCUGCCUGUUACUGAAGAUGAGGCAGGGGAACAACAAACUGAAUCAAAGUGAACCUUGAGGUAAACUUAAUGCAAGUGAGACAUGAGAGGACAUCAGUUAUACUGCCUCAAUAGCAAUCCUCUACUUUUUUUAACAACACACACUAUCUAGUACUAUACCCCUUGAUAAUCAUGUGUUUGUCAAGCCAAUUUGCAAGAUGUAUUUUAUAAGAGAUCCACUUUCUGUUACACCUCCUCAGCUCAUGUAAAUUAAAAAUUUGUGUUUGAAAACUGAGAAGUAAAACCUUGUUACUGCCCUCUAGACUUUAUAGUUAGAGAAUACACAUAGUAAUACUGUAAAACGUUGAAAGGAAAACAGUCUUUUAGGUCUCGGCAGUUUGUUUGACUACAAUGAUUGUAGCUUAUUGUACUUCUGAAAAGGAAACAACUAAGCUCUGCCAUGAUCCUUGUCAAAAGUUGACUGACUUUUCAGUCAGUAUAUUGAUUGCUGCACUCAACCCCGUGGCCCAGAAUGUACAUGAUCACUUUGUUUUUUAUUGAUGUAACAUCAGAUUUUCAUGCUGCCCUUUAAAAAAAUAAAAAAAUAUAUAUAUGAUUUGCCCCUUAGUUUAGCUUUUCAAACACUGUAUUAUGCUGGUAUCAUUUUUCAGUUGAAGCUGAGACUUGUAGUUGGUUUAGGAUUUUAAAUCAACAGUCGUGUGACCAGUAGAUUUGUGGUUUUCUGCCUUAGUGGGGCAUGCAAAUCUUCUUUUAAAAAUAAAACCUUGGCAGCUCACAUAUGUUGAAUUUGAGAUUGCAAACAAAAAAACAAAAAAACCCACAAAAUUACUGAAAUGUAAACUCUAUUUAAAAAAAAAAAAAAAAAAAAAAAGGUCUUGGUAUGUUGCAAAAAAAACAGGUGAAGUGGUACAGCUAAAGUAAGCAGUGACUCUUUUUGUAAAUCCCAAAGUAAAAUUUUUCUUUCCAUACAUAAAUAUACUUAAACGAUGAACAUCACAAUACUAGAUUAUAAAAAGAUCCAAACUCUAUUCCAGAGAAGAGGGUGCUUGGCUUUGAGAAAAUCAAGGGCAUAGGGAGCAUUAGCUGGAAAAUUAAAAAGAUUAGAGGAGUCGUUGAAAGGUAAGUUGGAGUUGGACCCAAGUGGAAACCAUUGCUUUGAUUUUAACCGUGUUAAAGAAAUACUCAUCUGUAAUCUUUGGUGGAGAAACACAGCAUAGGAGUCCAACCCCAUAACAUCCGUCAAUCAUGUCUUGAUGUCCAAUCUGGAUGAUCAACCUACCCUUUCUUUGCAUACAAAGUAGGAUACAAAAAGAAAACUCCACUCUGGCUCCUUAUAUAUUAUGAAACCUGUUUACUUUUUGUGACUAGUAUCUCAAAAGUCUUUAAUUUAGUUUGUUUUUUAAAGGGAAAUCCCUCAUACAGCAUUGUUAGAGCAAGACUGUAAUUGCAUAUAUGUCUAUGACAGCACUGUAAAUGUAACCACUCUGAGUCUGUUUUAAUACAUUCCUUUAAAUAUAUUGUGUUCUCUUAAGGACACAUGUUCUUCAAAGAUCUAUACACUACUUGGUUUGUAGGAGUGUUUUCUUGAUUGCUAUGUAAAUAAAUCUUUACUACAAGA